AUGAAGAGUGUUGAACAUGACAAUGACUCAGCCUCGCAGGGAAAUGAAGUAAAAGAAGAAGUUAUAAACCAGUACAUAUUAAAUAAAUUAAACUUAAUUUUCAAUAACAAUAUUAAGUCUAUAUCACAUGAAGAUGAUAAAAAAGAUGAAGAAGAAAUUGAAAGAGAAAAGUACAGGAGUGAAGACACUACUUCCAACAAUGACGUUACCAGCACGACAACGGUACCGCAGAAAAAUGGUCCAUUAAGCAAAAAAAGUAGCUCAGUAAAUAUCAUCGAAAGGAAUAACACCAAUGUUGUGGAUGUGUGUAGUGUGAAUAAUGAUCAUGGAGGGGGGACCAACACAACGCCAGGGGUAGAAAAAAACAUUUUGAAUGUCACCAGUGCAAAUAUUACCAACGUGAAUGAAAAGAAUAAUCUCAAUAUUGUUGACAUAAAUGAUAUGCACGUUUUGGAAAAUAACUCUUUAAGUAAUUCAUUAGAAAAAGACAUCUUAAUGCAUAAUGGUGGCCAGACGAAGAGGGAAAAUACCGUCGAAAAGGCCAACAGCAUAAGUAUUAACGAUCUGUUCAAGCUGAACUCAGAUGCGUAUUUUAACAUUGAUAGCUCUCUGAAGAAAGGGAACCUGAGCGAAAUUUUAGGAAACGAAAAUAACCUUAACAUGUAUAAUCAAUACAAUAAUGGAAGCACUAUCACCAACAAUGCGGUGAAGAAAAACGAACGAUGGAAGAGAUACAUUAAAUGUAUUGAACCAUUUUUAGAUGUGCAUACUAUUAUAAAUUUAAGUCAAACAUGUAAAUUCUUUUACAGAAGGAAAUAUAAAGUAUGGCAUAAUAGGUUAAUAUUUAACAGCUAUCUGGGGUAUAACCCUAGGGUGCUGUACGAAUAUGUUUUCCCAAGAAUAUAUAAACACAUUCACAGAUCGGUUAGGAGAAGGCUUUGCCUAGAUUUCACCAUGUGUACUUUAAUAAAAGACAUAACCGUAGCGAAUGUACUAAACCAAAUUUACAACUUUGAUUCGUUAAAUACGAAGCAUUUAUUUAUAUAUAAUUUGCAGGAAAUUUAUUUUGAUUUUUGUCAUCAUCUGACGGAUAAAACUUUAGAAGUUUUGGCGCAGACGAGAUUACCCUCGUUGAAAACGUUAAGUAUAAAAUGUGUUCGGAACAAAUAUUUGACCUGCGCCCCCUUGACAGUUAUGUUGAGGAAAAAUAAGUGGCCAGUGUUUACCAAUUUUAUUUGUUCCUUCUCCAAUGCAUGGCUAGAACCCAUUUUCAUAAUGGCGAAUUUUAUUAUCAAUCGAGCUAACAAUCAGAACCAUUUGAUUUACCAUAAGUUGAAGAACUUACGGAAGACUUUAGAGACCAUGAAGAAUUUUGACAACUCCAUUGUUUCUUCUUCUGCUCAUGAGGAAUGCAACCGCAGAAUUAUUAACGAAACUCACAGUUACAAUUUCAUGAAUUUGCACAGCUGUGUAGAUGGUAGUAGUAGCAUGGAUAGGUCAAAUUUCGCAGAAGAGACCUGUGCACAUGGGAAUAACCACGCUGCCUGUAGUGGUGUAUGUAGUGCCGGAUACCCCAAUGAGUGCACCAACACCUGUAGCAACAAUGUAUACAGCCGCAGUCGUGAUCAGGACCGUAGCCGAAAUAUCGGUGGGAAGAAAAAACUCAAGUCUUUGCUUAAUAGCGAAACAGAGUGCAGCAUUAGUCAGUCUGAAACGAAUAACAACUUUAGCCUUUUUAAUAAUUUCUUUUAUAAUACUAUCAAGCAUUUUGGCUAUUCCUCGAAAGUGCAAAAUGGCUUGCCGUACCCGGACUAUAGCACUUAUGCCAAGAGUUCCCCUCAAAGCCGGAAGGAUGAUCUGCAGGUACCAACUGCUACAUCAAGGCCACAAGGUAGCGUAGUUAGCAGCGGAGUUGGCCUGGGAAGUGGUAUCGGAAUGGGUAGCAGCUACGGUGGGCACACGCACGGCAAGUACGGGGGGAAGAGCUCGAUUGGAGAUCCAAACCAAAGUGGAAGCAACACCCCCCAGCCGCAUGAAGGGCACGACCAGGAUCAGCACGAACGGAUACAGCAUGAUCAGGCACAUCAUGAUCACUCGCACCAUCAUCAUGCACACCAUGAGCAGUCCCACCAUUAUUACCCACACCACGAUCGUCUACACCAUAGCCGUACUCGACAUUUUGGCGCUCACGAAAAGAAGGAUAUUUUUGAUGAGUUCCUUUCUGGUGAAUAUUCCGCUACGUACAGCAACGAGAAGAGUAGCAUCGUAUACGAGCCAGAAAAUAGCACUUGCGGGGUGAAGGAGGAAUGUAAAGAAAGAGAUGGCAAGUGGCAGAAGAGGGAGGAAGAUGAUGACAGUUACAACGCUGAAGAAAGAGGACACAUGGGAGAAUCUCAUCAGAACAGUCUGACGGAUGGAGGUAGGAACUGUUGCGAGAGGAGGAAACAGAAGAAUGAAAAUAGCAAGAGGAAGAAUGAGGAAAAGGGAUUCCCCGAAAAUGUAGAGGAAGAAAUAAAAAUUCGAAAAGUGAGAGAAGGCGAGGAAGAACGAAAUGAGAAAAGGAUCGACAAUGAAAGGAGAAGUGACAACGGGGACACACAGGUGAAUAACGCAAGUGAUAUAAAGGGAGACAGAAGAAGUCACAAAAAGUACGAAGAGGAUGAAGAGACUGAUGAGCAAUUCCACGAAAAUAAUAGUGUAAGUGUUGAUGAAGAGGAGAAGAAGAAUGCAACAAAGGAUGUAUACGAGUCAGAAAAAAAUAAUCAAAAAAAAAAAAAAUUCGAAAAAAAAAAAUUCUAUGAAAGCAAAAAAAGUAAUCAAAAUGGAAGUAAUAAAAAGUCCAAGGUGUUAACAGCAGAGAAUAUUUUUUGUAUGAAUAUUUUACACAACAAUGUUAACACGUUUGAUGAGGACGAGGACGACGAAGACGACGAAGUUGAUGAAGAAGAUGAAGAGAAAAAUUUGAAUAAAUGUCGCUGUAAUGGAAAUAGCUGUAUAUACACCACAGAAGAAAUUAAUUUCAAGUGUAAAUGUGAUGAUUGCCCUUUUGCCAAUGGAUAUAAAAAUUUAAUAUCUGUAGACGACCCAUAUAUUCAAUCACACUUUGUACAACCCAAUUUGGAUAUCCUCGGCUCAUGGGGAAGCAAAUGCUUCCUAGAAAGUAUAGGACUGGAUAUUUACGUGAAGGGUUAUAGUGUAGCAUUAAAAAAUGAAAAUAUAAAAAUCUGCGUAAAGUUAAGUAAAAAGAUACAAGAAGAAUUGUACGAUUUGAGUAAGAGUGAAAAAUAUAAGAACAAUAAUUUGGUAUACCUACUGAGGGAUAAGGGAAGUGAAUUACUUUCGAAUACCCCGUUAACCAUCGAAACUGAUGAGAACAGGGGAAUUGACAUUUGGACCUUGCCUAUAUCGCUAGCCAUUAGUAAAAAAAAUAGAUACCUCUUCUAUUUGGUAUUAAAAGGAGGGGCCAAAAUUGACAUUUGGGAUUAUUUAGGGAAAUCCCCCUUAUACAUAGCUUGUGAAAAUGAAUCGAAAGAAUUCGUGGAGGUGUUGCUAGAAGAGAGGAGGAAGAGGAAGAAGAAGAAUAAUAUCAUCCAGUAUAGUUAUAAGAGCUCUGUUACGGUGGAGCGGGAAGGAUCCAUUGUGGAGGGCAUGAACAGUGGUAACGAUGCACGGGUGAACGAUCGAUGCCAGGAUGCAUCUCCCCCCCCCGCUACAGAAAUGGAGAAAAAUACCCCCAAGGAAGGAACUUCAACAGAAGAAGGUUUCCCCGAUAAGGGUACCUCUCUCGAAAAGGCAAAUCACAUUGAUAAGGGAAUUUCGCUCGAAAAUCAAACCUCAAACGAUGCAGAUUUAUCCACAUGGGAAGGAACCAAAAAAAAUAACGACAACUGUAACACGAUCUGUGUGAGUCCAUAUGGAAACACAUGCGACAGUUAUUAUGUAACUUUCCCCAUAGACAUAGAAAAUGGAUACAUCCCCCUCAACAUUGCUAUUAAGAAGAAAAACUUCUCAAUCGUGAAUUCGCUAGUAAAAAAUGGAGAAAAUUUGAAUAUCAUUUGUCCCUUCGUGCGCGAUUACAAAUCCCCUCUUUAUCUGGCCUGUGAAAAUAACAUAAGUGAAAUUAUACAAUUGUUACUAGAAAAUAAGGCUAACCCAAAUUGGUGCUACCAUAACAAAUUCACACCCAUUUUGCUUGCGUACAAUUUGAAUAAGGCUUGGGUGAACCAUUUUAUUGAUGCAGGAGCAGGAGAAAAACCUUGUGACAGGCACAUUUUAACGGAAGUUCUAUCCUGCGCAAUCUUUAAGAAUGAUUUAUCAACUGUACAGUUGUUGCUGAAGAAGUACCCACAAUUGUUACAGAAGGAACAUAAUUUAUGGUCCCUACCAUUUAUCCAGGCAUCUAAAUUAGAGAGACUAAACAUAUUAAAAUAUUUACACACCUUGAAGAAGGAAAUUAUUAAUCAGCUGGAUUCAAAUAAUGUGUUGUCGCCAAUUCAUGCUGCUGCUGAAGAAGGGAAUUUAGAAAUUUUAAAAUUCUUACUUGAAAAUAAUGUAAAUAUAAACCUGACAAAUAAAUACCAUCAGAAUGCUCUGCAUAUCGCAUGUUUGGAAAAUCAGGAAAAAGCGGUCCAACUUCUACUCACACAUAACAUAGAUGUAAACUGUAAGGACAACAUUAAUGGCGAGUGCCCCCUAAUGAUUUGCAUUCGCACAAGGAACGAAAUUCUAGCACAUCAUAUUCUCAAUCAAGGAAAAAAUAUUAAUUACAACCUUACCAAUAUACAUGGAGAAACUUCCCUAAUAUAUUCCAUCUUUUACGGAUUGUACGAUAUUGCCGAUGUCCUCAUGACCAGGGGAGCCGAUGUCUCAGUUAGAGAUAUCAAUGGUGACAAGUCGUAUAACGUUGCAUGCGAGAGGGUCUUAUCCCACAGAACUUGUAAAAAAGUACUAAAGAAAUUUCUUAAACUGUAUAGAUCACAGAAUAAAAAUUUCCUUCCCAAGAAAAACAAAAUUAACAAAAAAAAUAAAUUUUAUCAAUCCUACCAGAGCAUCAACCAGAGCUUCCUUAGUAUCUUCCGUAUCAAAAAGGAGAAAAAGAAAAAAAAAAACCAAUCACCCUACACGGUUGAAAAUGAUGAAACCGUUCUUCCUUAG